AUGCAUAAUCUCGAAUACGACUGCAAACCUCUAACUGAUGAGUACAACAUAUACAUAGCCAAAACAAAGGAUAUAACUCUGUAUCAAUGUGAUGUUUACAAGUUCCCCAGUCUUGCACCGUCUUUGAAAGGGUCAUUUGAUGUUAUUUGGGAUCGAGCUGCACUAAGAACCACAGUUGAAUUGCCAGAAUGCGCUAAUACAAAGCUCUACUUGGAUGUAUUGCAUGAGAUGGUCAGUGCUAAAGGGAAACUUGCUCUGGAGAGUACUCGCUUCGAUAUCACACAAUGCAAGACCUCAUUUUACCCGCCGGUUAUCAGCGACGAAUUUCUUGAGAAGUUAACCAAGGAAAAGUGGAAUUUGAAAAAAGUAGAUCAACUAGAGUACGUAAAAGGAGAGGGCCUAGAAUUCUUUUAUCGUGACUAUGAUCAUGAUGUAGCACUUCAUAUAUUGACGCCUAAGUGA